CUAAGUGUGAGGGGGUUACCUUACCGAGGUCGGCAUUGUAAGAUUCAGUACACUUGACGAGUCACCACUGCCGACAUGAAAAGUCCACCCUUUGGUAAUGCUCAAUUUUUAGGAAACUCAGGUAAGUAAAUCCUAAAUCAUGUACUCAUCCUUUGGUGGUUUCUCCUCUUACUUGCGAAUGGGUCAGGGGUUGGGUUUUUUCUUCUUUAUCUUGUCAUGUGUCUGUUUGGGAAGGCCUUGCUUUUGUAGUGCACACACAGACAGCAUCAAACCUGGGGAAGGGCUUCAAUUCUCGAAGCUACUGGUUUCGGCACAAGAGACUUUCACACUGGGGUUCUUUAGCUUGGACACCCGCAGUUAUUUAGGAAUCUGGUACACAAGUGAUGUUAACAACAAGAAAGUUUGGGUUGCUAACAGAGACAACCCUAUAUCUGGCACCAAUGCAAAUCUCAUGCUGGAUGGCAAUGGAACAUUGAUGAUCAUUCACAGUGGGGGUGAUCCAAUUGUCUUGAAUUCCAAUCAAGCAUCCAGAAACUCCAUAGCUACCUUGCUUGAUUCUGGAAAUUUUGUUGUGUCUGCGUUAAAUUCAGAUGGAUCUGUGAAGCAGACACUAUGGGAAAGUUUCGAUGAUCCUACAGACACGCUCCUGCCUGGGAUGAAACUAGGCAUCAACUUGAAAACCGGGCAAAACUGGUCACUUGCUUCGUGGAUAAACGAACAAGUGCCUGAUCCUGGGACUUUCACUCUAGAAUGGAAUGGCACACAAUUGAUAAUGAAACGCCGGGGGGACAUCUACUGGAGCAGUGGAAUUCUGAAAGAUCGGAGUUUUGAGUUCAUUCAAACUCACCAUAACAUCUACUAUUUCAUCAGUGUUUGUAAUGACAACGAGAUCUACUUCAGCUAUUCAGUUCAAGACGGAGCUAUUUCAAAGUGGGUAUUGAACUGGAGAGGGGGAUUUUUUGACACUUACGGAACUCUAUUCGUGAAGGAAGAUAUGUGUGAUCCUUAUGACAAAUAUCCAGGGUGUGCAGUGCAAGAGCCACCCACUUGCAGGACUAGAGACUUCCAAUUCAUGAAGCAAUCGGUUCUCAAUUCAGGAUAUCCAUCAUUAAUGAACAUAGAUACGAGCUUGGGCCUUAGUGAUUGUCAGGCUAUAUGCAGGAACAAUUGUUCUUGUACUGCUUGUAAUACUGUAUUCACCAAUGGAACUGGAUGUCAGUUUUGGAGGGAUAAAUUGCCACGAGCCCAAGUGGGUGAUGCAAAUCAGGAGGAGCUCUACGUUUUGUCCUCAUCAGAAGACAUAGGGAAGCCUUGGUGGAUAUGGAUUAUCAUUCUCGUUGUAGUAGUAUUUCUGUUCUUGUUAGCUGUCUUUUGUUGUUCACAGAGAAACUCCAGAGGGGAAACUUCUCGUAAAAGGCGCAAAUCAUCAAUUGACAAUGUCAAACAGUUCAGUUUAGUUUCUGUUAUGGCUGCCACGAAUAACUUUUCAGAUGAAAAUAAAAUUGGAAAGGGUGGUUUUGGUUCUGUCUAUAAGGGGAAAUUAUCCACGGGCCAAGAAAUAGCAGUGAAGAGACUUUCAAGGGAUUCCAGACAGGGACCAGAGCAGUUUGAUAAUGAAAGACUGAUUGCCAAACAACAACACAGAAAUCUUGUCAGACUUUUGGGUUACUGCAUCGAGGGAGAAGAAAAGAUGUUAAUCUAUGAGUUCAUGCCCAACAGAAGCUUGGAAGACGUCCUCUUUGCUCCUGCUGGAAGAAAGGGGUUGGACUGGAAUACACGGUGCAAUAUAAUCGAGGGGAUUGCGCAAGGACUUGAUUACUUGCACAAACAUUCAAGAUUAAACAUGGUUCAUAGAGAUCUAAAAGCAAGUAACAUCCUACUUGAUGAUGACAUGAACCCCAAAAUUUCUGAUUUUGGCACUGCCAGAAUUUUUGAGCCAAAUGCAUCAGAAGUAAAAACCAAUAAUAUUGUUGGAACAUUUGGUUACAUGCCACCUGAGUAUGUCAUUGAGGGAUGGUGUUCACCGAAAACAGAUGUUUAUAGCUUUGGGGUCCUGAUGUUGGAGAUUGUGAGCGGCCAGAGGAUUAUUCCCCCUGAUUGUAAGGGUGACAACUUAAGUCUUAUACGAAAUGCUUGGAAGUUAUGGGGAGAAGGCAAUAGCUUGAAACUAGUGGAUCCAGCGAUGGUGGGUCCCCACUCAACAACCCAAAUAGUGAGAUGGAUUCGUGUUGCUCUCUUGUGUAUACAGAAGCAUGAAGAGAGGCCUACAAUGUCAGAUGUUUGCUCCAUGCUUAACACAAGGGAGCCACCCGAGCCAAAUCCACCCGCAAUUUUUGCGCUCAGAUGAGCCAAGGAGUUGUUCUGAUAUGCAAGUGUAACUACUUGAGAGAUGGAAGGUGGAUCAAGAUGAGAUGAGAUGAGAAUUUGAUUGCCUCAGGGUAAGCUUUUCUUUAUUUACGUUUUGUUGAUUUAUAUAAGAUGACAACUGAACUGAAGCUGGUUUUAUGAUCAUUUGGAACAUAUUUGUACGCAUGUAUUCUGGAGCUCUAUUUGCCCUUUUUCUCUCCAAAACAUAUUAUGAUAUAUGUCUAUCUAUAUCUUCGUGUCU